GCGCGACGAUGACACGGAUAAAUAGAGGAACCCUCUUCUCUUUUGUUGUUGUUCCUUUCUCAAGGGUCCGUGCUCAACUGACGUCCUGACGGAGGAGUUGUAGGGCUUCUCUCGGUUUGUGCGUGUCCUCCUCGGGUGCGCAUGGGCCAUGCCUCACCUAUGAAAGCGGAUGUCCCAAAUGACAACCUCUAGGACUUCACUAUUUCGACACCGCUGGGGUGGCCUUGGGCGCGUUGCCGCACACUGCCGCACCCCGCCGUCUUGGUGUCCAGUGUGACGUGUCCGUCUAAUCUCGUGUGGAGUUCAUCAGAGCAGAUGAAUGCCACGUGUACUUCGAUGGAGGCGCUGCUAGCCGGCGGUCCUGCUUCCCAUUGCUUUACAACGGCGGCGAAUUCAAAUCGUAUUGAUAAGAGCUGCCGUUCCAGAGCUUGUCCUCUAAGCAGCAGGUGGACCAAUAGAGGGAUUCCGGGAGCGGAGGAGGAGGUCGUUACCAGACUUAAGCGCGCGAUCCAUCUCCAUCCCCCCAGUAGCCAUAGCCAUAGCCAUAGCCAUAACCACAACCAUAACCACAACCAUAGCCGUCUCUCCCGAGGACAGUGCAGGGACGCUGUUGUCGCAUUCGCACUUUUCGGUGGUGGCGGGAAACCAAAGUCGCAGCAGGGUGAUCCAGAGUGCGAACAGAGCGAGACCUCAAUGGACACAGCGGACCUAGAACAAGCCCACCUGGACAGGGACUCAGGUGGUGAGAGCGAGAUGAGCGAAGCUGGAGAUCGGGAAACGGACCUCAGGUCCUGGAAUAGACCAGGCGAGAUCCAGAGGUACCACCGAGCUGCGAAGCCGGUGGAAGAGGGACCCGAGGCCAACUCUCGACAAUGGACGCCCAGAGGCUGCGGGACAAAAAAAGAUAGCCUGCCGAGGAUGCAGACGUGGAAGACGAUUAGAAGGACAAACAAAAUGAUUAUCAAGAGCAGCAGCGGCAGACUUCGAAAGACGCCGGCCAUGAACGACACGUAGGGAAGGGCAGUAACUACACGACGCCGGUAUACCUCCACCAAACGGUGACGAAGAGGGCAGCAAAUGGCAGACGCAGCAUCCAACAAAUGCCCUCUAAUGUU